AGAGUAAUGUUACAGAGCGGCGAGAGUGAGGAGGCUGCGUCUGGCUCCCGCUCUCACAGCCAUUGCAGUGCAUUGAGCUCCAUAGAGACCGGCGGCGGGGCCAGGCGAGCGGACGGGCGGCCAGGGCGACGCGGAGCCUCGCUCGAGGAAAAUAAUUAAACAUGGGCAAAGGAGAUCCUAAGAAGCCGAGAGGCAAAAUGUCAUCCUAUGCAUUCUUUGUGCAAACUUGCCGGGAAGAGCACAAGAAGAAGCACCCGGAUGCUUCCGUCAACUUUUCAGAGUUUUCUAAGAAGUGCUCAGAGAGGUGGAAGACCAUGUCUGCUAAAGAGAAGGGAAAGUUUGAAGACAUGGCAAAGGCUGACAAGGCCCGCUAUGAAAGAGAAAUGAAAACUUAUAUCCCUCCUAAAGGGGAGACAAAAAAGAAGUUUAAGGAUCCCAAUGCACCCAAGAGGCCUCCUUCGGCCUUUUUCUUGUUUUGUUCUGAGUAUCGCCCAAAAAUCAAAGGAGAGCAUCCUGGCCUGUCUAUUGGUGAUGUUGCAAAGAAACUGGGUGAGAUGUGGAACAACACUGCUGCAGAUGACAAGCAGCCUUAUGAAAAGAAGGCUGCUAAGCUGAAGGAAAAAUAUGAAAAGGAUAUUGCUGCAUACCGAGCUAAAGGAAAGCCUGAUGUGGCCAAAAAGGGAGUUGUUAAAGCGGAAAAGAGCAAGAAAAAGAAGGAAGAGGAAGAAGAUGAGGAGGAUGAAGAAGAUGAGGAAGAGGAAGAGGACGAAGAAGAUGAAGAUGAAGAAGAAGAUGAUGAUGAUGAAUAAGUCAGUUAUAGCGCAGUUUUUUUUCUUGUCUAUAAAGCAUUUAACCCCCCUGUACACAACUCACUCCUUUUAAAGAAAAAAAUUGAAAUGUAAGGCUGUGUAAGAUUUGUUUUUAAACUGUACAGUGUCUUUUUUUGUAUAGUUAACACACUACCGAAUGUGUCUUUAGAUAGCCCUGUCCCGGUGGUAUUUUCAAUAGCCACUAACCUUGCCUGGUACAGUAUGGGGGUUGUAAAUUGGCAUGGAAAUUUAAAGCAGGUUCUUGUUGGUGCACAGCACAAAUUAGUUAUAUAUGGGGAUGGUAGUUUUUUUUUCAUCUUCAGUUGUCUCUGAUGCAGCUUAUAUGAAAUAAUUGUUGUUCUGUUAACUGAAUACCACUCUGUAAUUGCAAAAGAAAAAAGUUGCAGCUGUUUUGUUGACAUUCUGAAUGCUUCUAAGUAAAUACAAUUUUUUUUAUUAGUAUUGUUGUCCUUUUCAUAGGUCUGAUAUUUUUCUUCUUGAGGGGGAACUAGUCUUUUGCUUUUACCCGUUUAGGAUCACAUGAAUUACAGUGUUUGUCUUUGCAUAUAGUUGACUCCAAAAACUUACACACCCAGCUUAUUAAUGAUGAGGAUAAGAAAAGGUAAUUUAGGAUGAUUUUCAUUCAUCGCUAAAUCUCAAAUCUCAGUUGAUCUCAGUUAAAAGCAAAUUUCACAUAGAUAGCCCCAUUAUAUUUACAAAGUGAAGAGUAGCCAGUGUGCUCACAACAUGGGAUUAUUAACAAACAGCUUGAAAGUCUGUCCUUGAAGGACUAAUAGAAAAUAUUCUGAUCUUUACAUGAGAACUCUACAUUUUUUUAACUUCCAUUACCAUGUAAUGGCAGUUAUAUUUGCAGGCCCCACAUUAAAAAGAAGACCUCACAGUAUCUCCAAAAGCGUGAGCUUAAAUACAAGACUGCCUUUUUUUUUUUUUUUUUUUUGGCUGAAGAUUGGUCCCAGCAAAAGCUCUAAAAAGUACUGACUAUAAAUAUCUGCUUAAAAGGAAAAAUGGUGUUUUUGAUCAAUUGGACCAACUUUAAAAAUUGAAAAAUCAACUAUAUUUUUCUUAAGAUUUGUCCCUUUAUAAUCAAAUGGACUUGGGCAAGAAUACACUUAAACUUUGUGUGAAUUACCCAGUUUAGUUUAAUUUUUCUUAGAAAACAAACUUGUCCAUUAGGGCCAUGUUUAUCUGUAUAGCAGUUUAGGGGAACAAUUUGGCAACUGUGGUUUUUGAGAUUAUCAUUCUCUUAAAGUGCCAGUGUUUUAAAAUAGCGUUCUUGUAAUUUUACACGCUUUUGUGAUAAGUGCUGUUUUGUUAUAUAAUUUUGACUUGGAUUCUUUCCAUUGCAUUUGUUUAUGUAAUUUCAGGAGGAAUAUUGAACAUCUGAGUCCUGGAUGAUACUAAUAAACUAAUAAUUGCAGAGGUUUUAAA